CUUCUCUUCAGUGGAUGCUGUGUGUGUCAAUGUUCAUCAUCACUGCAGUAAGAGAGGCAGCACAGCAUCACAUGGUCAUCGGUCAUCCUUCACUCCUUCGGUCCACACUGCGUUUAUAUCCGCGCAUCUCGGCUGGAUUACGAGCCGGUUUGAGCUUUUACAGGAGAUCGGAGGACAUGCACAAGUUCACUGUCAUGGUGCCUUUGUUUUUGUUCCUGGUCCUCCGCAUUGACGCGUCCAUCCCACAUCCAACAUCCGCGGGUGAGGUGUGUGAGCCGGUUCCUUGUGAGAACGGUGCCGAGUGUCCCAACACGCCAGGCGAUGAAAGUGUUUCUUCAUCAGGCUGGGAAGAAGCAUCUGUAAUUGGGCCCUGUCGCCCGAACCCGUGUCACAAUGGAGCCGUGUGUGAGAUCAGUGAGACGUACCGCGGUGACACUUUUGGUGGAUAUGUCUGCAGGUGUCCAUUUGGCUUUGAUGGUGUCCAUUGCCAACACAAUAUUAAUGAGUGCGAGACGAAUCCAUGCAAAAACGGAGGCAGCUGUACGGAUCUGCGUGCAAACUACACCUGUCAAUGCCCAGACGAAUACAUGGGGAGAAACUGUCAGUACAAAUGUACCGGACCUUUAGGGAUGGAAGGAGGGAUCAUUUCGAAUCAGCAGAUAACGGCGUCCUCCACACAUCGCCCUCUGUUCGGCCUGCAGAAGUGGUUUCCGUACUUCGCCCGACUUAACAAGAAAGGUCUCGUCAAUGCCUGGAGCGCAGCCGAAGGCGAUCGAUAUCCGUGGAUUCAGAUAAAUCUUCAGCGCAGGAUGAGGGUGACCGGACUCAUAACGCAAGGAGCCAAGCGAAUCGGGAGUCCGGAGUAUGUGAAGUCAUAUAAAGUAGCAUGCAGUGAAGAUGGAAAGGCCUGGAGCAUGUUUAAAGUCAAGGGCACGGAUGAGGACAUGAUAUUCACUGGAAACACUGAUAACAGCGGCCCAUCUGCCAACUCAUUCAGCCCACCGAUCGAAGCGCAGUACAUUCGCAUUUACCCACAAGUCUGCAGAAAACACUGCACGCUGCGAAUGGAGCUGCUUGGCUGUGAACUGACAGGAUGCUCGGAGCCCAUGGGGAUGAAAAACGGACACAUUCAGGACCAUCAGAUCACCUCCUCCAGUGUGUUUCAUACCCUAAACAUGGACAUGUUCUCCUGGGAACCCUCCAAGGCCAGACUGGACAAACAGGGCAAGGUCAACGCAUGGACUUCAGCUUACAACGACCAAUCGCAGUGGCUGCAGGUGGACUUGCUGAUUCCCACUAAAAUCACAGGAAUUAUUACCCAGGGAGCUAAAGACUUUGGGCGUGUACAGUUCGUUGGUUCUUAUAAACUGGCGUUCAGUAAUGAUGGAGAGCGCUGGUUCAUAUAUCAGGAUGAAAAACAGCGGAAGGACAAGAUCUUCCAAGGAAACUUUGACAACGAAACGCACAGAAAGAACGAGAUAGAUCCGCCGAUCUUCGCCCGAUUCGUACGGAUUGUCCCGUGGUCAUGGUAUGGACGCAUCACAAUGCGAGUGGAGCUUCUGGGAUGUCCAGAAGAACAGUGAAAUGUUCUUCGCUUUAUGAUGGACUGUCACAUUUUAAACAUUUUUAAUGCUGAUUCAAUAAGCUUGGUCUUUGAUUAGUAAGUAAAUGAUCUUUUGAUUACA